AGGAGUUCGAUACUAGUCUGGCCAACAUAGGCAGAUCCUGUCUCUACGAAACAUUUUAAAAUAUUAAAAACUGAUUGCUAUACCUUUUUGGUAGAUUAGCCCUUUAUCAUUAUGUAAUUUUCCUCUCUCAAUUUUGUCUACAAAGUCCACAUUAUUUAAUAUUAAUACAGUAGGCCACUUUAGUGCCUUUGACAUUGAACUCAUGGGAUUCUGGGUGACCAGGGUCAUUGUCCAAUAUCAAAAGAAAAUUCAAGAGCAGUCCCUUACUGGCAAGGUACUUCCUGAUUUCAUGGACAAAAGCAUCAGUGGAACCAGUCCAGAAAAAGUUUCUCAUUGUCCAGGCCUUUUGGUCGUGUGCCCAAGAACGGAAAGUUCUUUCUUAACCUUUUUCCUCCAAGGCUUGGAGGUCAGCAGCAUUAUACAUAAUAGCAGUUCUGACUACUUUUGCACAAAACAGUAAAGAUACUCUAUUCCUUCCUGCCUUUAUUUUUUGUAAAGACAGCAUCUUGCCAUGUUGCCCAGGCUGUCCUGGAACUUACGGUCUCAAGUGAUCCCCCGACUUCGGCCUCCUAGGGUGCUGGGAUUACAGGCAUGAGCCACUGUACCCAGCCUGGCUUUUACCUUUCCUACAGCUGUCGAAUUUGGCAAUAUUUCAGGUUUGCCAAGAAAAUAACAUUCAUCUGCUUCGAAGAUUUAAAAUGUUGCUGGCGUGUCCUUACUUGUUCUUCCUGACCUUGUGAAUUAAGCUUUCAAACAAUCCUUUACAUAUGCUUUCAGUGGUACAGAGGAGGCAAAAUACAUUUUCCUUGGCCAUCUAUGUUCGUGGCUGAGACCCCUAAGACAAAAGACAGAUUAACAAGAGCAAAACAUACAAGUUUCUUUAAUGUAAGUUUUACAUGACACAGCAGCCUACAUAAGGAAAUGAAGUCCCAAAGAAACAGUUGUGUGUUUUUAUGCUAACUUUGAUGAAGAGUCACAGAGAAAUAUAAAUGGACAAAGAGGAUAUGAUCUAAUGGUAAUACACUGGGGGCAACUUAGCAAGGCCUGUUUGUUCAGAGUUUUCUUUGUGACUAUGUAUCUUCAGCAAUAAAGAUGUUACUUUCCUCCAGGUAUAGGGAGGGCAAAUCUCACAUGAGAAUCUUACGACCUGCUUCAGAGGAAGUUUCAGGAGUCAGUGACCUUCAAGGAUGUGUCUAUAGAUUUCUCUUGGGAAGAGUGGAUUCAAGCAGAUUCUGCUCAGAGGAUGACCAUGUAUGGGGAGGUGAUGCUGGAGAACUACAGGAACCUGUUCUCACCGGGAAAUCACCUUUCCAAACCCAGUGUGACUUCCCAGCUGGAAGGAGAAGAACUGAGCCUGAUGAAAACAGAACUGCCCGACGGUGGCUUUCCAGAUUUUCUUGGAUAUUGCUGCCAGAUUAAUCUGCCAUUUAGUCCUCUCAUCCUGUCCAAGUCAAGAGGAGUGCUGUGCCCAGCUCUUCCGCAGCCAGCGUCUCACUCGCUUGACACAAAACGUCUAUGGACUGGGAGACAAGACUUGAAACCAAAGCGCCAACUCUGAAGCCCAGUAUUACUGAAGAUUUAUGCCAUGGGGUACUAAUGGAAAGGGAAGGUGUCUGGCAUUCUGCUGUAGGGGAAACCUGGGAACCUAAUAAUUGGUUAGAGGGACAACAGGAUAGUCAUCUGAGCCAAGUGGCAGUUACCCCUAAGGAAACCUUCACCGAGAGGAGAGUAUGUGGAGGUAAUGAAUUUGAAAGAUGUUCCAGUCAGGAUUCAAUCCUUCAUACACAACAAAGCAUUCCUAUGGUAAAAAGGCCCCAUAACUGUAAUUCACAUGGAGAAGAUGCCACGCAAAAUUCUGAGUUAGUUAAAACUCAAAGAAUGUUUGUAGGAAAGAAGAUCUAUGAAUGUAAUCAAUGCAGCAAAACCUUCAGCCAGAGCUCAUCCCUUCUUAAGCAUCAGAGGAUUCAUACUGGGGAGAAACCCUUUAAGUGUAAUGUAUGUGGGAAACACUUCAUUGAACGCUUCUCCCUUAAUGUACAUCAAAGAAUUCAUACUGGAGAGAAACCCUAUAAAUGUAAUGAAUGUGGGAAAGCCUUUAGUCAGAGCAUGAAUCUCACUGUCCAUCAACGAACUCACACUGGAGAGAAACCUUAUCAGUGUAAAGAGUGUGGCAAAGCCUUCCAUAAGAAUUCAUCUCUUAUUCAACAUGAAAGGAUUCAUACUGGAGAGAAACCCUACAAAUGUAAUGAAUGUGGAAAAGCUUUUACCCAAAGCAUGAAUUUGACAGUCCAUCAGAGAACUCAUACAGGAGAAAAACCCUAUGAAUGUAAUGAAUGUGGAAAAGCCUUCAGUCAAAGCAUGCAUCUUAUUGUCCAUCAGAGAAGCCAUACUGGAGAAAAACCCUAUGAGUGUAGUCAGUGUGGAAAAGCCUUUAGUAAGAGCUCAACUCUUACCCUACAUCAGCGAAAUCACACUGGAGAAAAACCCUACAAAUGUAACAAAUGUGGGAAAUCCUUUAGCCAAAGUACAUAUCUUAUAGAACAUCAGAGGCUUCAUUCUGGAGUAAAACCUUUUGAAUGUAAUCAGUGUGGAAAAGCUUUCAGUAAGAAUUCAUCUCUAACUCAACAUCGGAGAAUUCACACUGGAGAGAAACCUUAUGAGUGUGUGGUAUGUGGAAAACAUUUCACUGGACGAUCAUCCCUUACCGUGCAUCAGGUUAUUCACACUGGAGAGAAACCUUAUGAGUGCAAUGAAUGUGGAAAGGCAUUCAGCCAGAGUGCUUACCUUAUUGAACAUCAAAGAAUUCAUACUGGUGAGAAACCCUAUGAAUGUGAUCAGUGUGGAAAAGCCUUCAUAAAGAAUUCAUCCCUUACAGUGCAUCAGAGAACUCAUACAGGAGAGAAACCCUAUCAGUGUAAUGAAUGCGGAAAAGCCUUCAGCCGGAGUACAAACCUUACUCGACAUCAAAGAACUCAUACGUGAGGAAUGUUUCCACUGGCCCCUACAUCAUGAUUAACUCUGCAGUAAUAAUCAUAUAAGACAUACAAUGUAGAAACCUAAUAAAUGUGAUGAUUGUGGGAAUUUUCCAGUUGAAGUAGAUCAGAUAAUACCACUGCAGAGAAUUCAUCUAAAAGUAGAGAAAUCUUGAUUCGGAAGGUAUAACUUACAGAAGGUUUAAGUAGCUCAUAUAAACAGUGAAGACUCAUGCUGAAGAUAAGUUCUGUUAUAUCAUACUGCACAUUCUUCUUUGGCCAUCAGAGACUUUACACUGGAGAGAAAAAUGUGAGCAUGUUUAACUGGCAGCCCAGAGACCUGGUAUGUCGUCCUCACCUGCCACUGCCUUGGACAAGUCACCCGCUUCCACCAGGUUAUGGUUCUUCAUUCGGCAAAUGAAUGACUUUGGAGUUAGAAAUCUUGUAGGCUCUCUGUCAGCUCUAAAAUGUUACAACCCUAUAAAUAGAAUGAAUGCUGGGAAAUCUUUGUUCUUUUACAAUCUUACGCCGUCUGUAUGCUGUCUAGAUGCUCUUGUUCCACAGUCUGGUUUCCUUGGGUGUUUUUGAUCAAAAUUAUUUACCUUUACCAAUUCCUAGUACCCUUCCAUGCCCCUAAUCUUCCCCUGCAUUGUUACUUUGUCCCCUAACUACAGUCUGGUUUCCAUAAGUUAAUGGAAUAAGUAUGCAAAUCUUAAUGCAAUAGCAUGCUGUUUUGAGUUCUCAAUUAAUAGUUCUUAAACUGUCAUUAAAUGAUCAUUUAGAAAAUAACAUAGUCCUAUAAGUACAAAGGAAUCACAUACAAAUCUUUGUAUCAUAUUCUGGCUAUCAAAGUGGAAAAGAAAAGACAGAAGGGCUGAACACUAACAGACAUAGCCAUCUGACCUAUUAACAAAACGUUGAGGCUGGACAAGGUGGCUCAUGCCUGUAAUCCUAGCACUUUGGGAGGCUGAGGCAGGAUGAUUGGUUGAUUUCAGGAGCUCAAGACCAGCCUGGGCAACAUAGUGAGACAUUGUCUCUGCACUCCAGCCUAGGCAACAGAAUAAGAACUUUGUCUCAAAACAAAAAUAACGUUGCAACUCAAAAACAUACUCAAAACAAUAUAGGGAGAUUUUAUAGAUCUAUAGUUAUUACGGUAGUUAAGAUAGCUUUAUUUCACAUAUUUACCAAGUCAUAAAUAUGUGUUAGAUAUGAUUAGAAAAUCAAAAUGAGUAAAAUACAUUCUUUGGUUUAUAAGGGUUAAACUAAAAAAGUGUCAGUAUGAUAGGAGAGGAGAGGAAGAAUACAAGCAAUCACAAAGCAGAAUUUAGGAAAUUUGGUAACUGACUAAAUGUGCUGCUUGAAUGAGAAGGAAGAGUCUAGGAUGACUUGGAGUUCUUACUUUGGUAGAUAAGGUUGCCAUAAUUAAAAACACCUAUAGUUGCCCAAUUUUGUGGGGCAAUGAUGAGUUCACUUUGGGUACAUUUACAUGAGUCUGUGGGACAUCUGAGGGAAGGGUCCUGAUAGCCAGCAGACAGUGAUAAAGGAGACACUUGCAGGACUGUCAUUGAUGGGGUAGGUGGUAAAAAGAAGAAGCAGUAGACGCUAAGUGGAAAAGCAGCAAAAAGAAAAACAGAAAAAUCAGAAGUUGGUGCCACAAAGGUAAAAAGAUAGUUUUAACACAGGGAUAGGAAUAGUUAAUACUGUAAAAUGCUAUGGAGGGCAAAGUAAGA